AUGCAAACGGGAGACAUAAUCCGCACGUUUUCGGCGAUACCCCGCAAUCCCGUGCGACCCAAAGAGGGCGACUCGCAUCCGGUGGGGGCCCUCCCCAUCGGCACUCGAGUGCACAACAUAGAGGUGGUGGCGGGAGAGGGCGGACGGUUCGUGCGCUACGCCGGCGACUACGCGGAAGUGACGCGAAGAGUCGGCAAAAGAAACUAUCUUCACAUGAAUAGAGCGAAUAGAGAUGUCUGUAUAGACGAGAAGUGUAUGGUGACAGUGGGCCGGGUGUCCAACCCAUACCACCACACCCUCAAUAGGAUGUGUCCCCAAAAGAGCCGAUGGAUGGGCAUAAGGCCGCGCUCUGGCGCCUGGCAUCGGAAGGACGGCUACUGUGGCCGCAAGAAUCGACCGCCGAAGCCGUUGGCCGACUGGGUGUCGGAGCUGCAGACGGCACUACCUAAGGAGCCCGAGGUGUAUGUCAUUCAGCCCUUUAAUUAA